GCUGUUUGACUUUUUAACAGGAUAAGGCAAGUGCCCGGUAUUGGAUAAAAUGUUCCGGCAGCUGGUAGGACCCGUGAGUCCUGUACACAUACACUCCUAGAUAGGGUAGCAUGUCUGAUACACUAUGACUGUUAGGUACCUAGGAAUCUACUCAUAGUACCCGCAAUCAAUUCUGUCAUUCGUUAUUGUAUCUGUGUCUAGUCUCAAUAUCCUACUCUGAGACUUGGAGUAAGAUUCUUUGAGAACAUAUGGCUUUUCAUCCUUUUCUUUACGGUACCCCUGUAUCAACUCGUCCUGGACACUUAUGAGCUUUUACACAGUCCAUAUUUCGCACAUAUAUUAGAAUCAAAGAGCCGUAGACAACGCAACCGAGAUGAAAAGGGGUCAUCUCUCUCUUAGCGAGAAUGUCCUCGUCGUCGAGUUCAUCAGGGAAAAGUAAUGUUCAAGAAAACAAGAACAGUGGCAUGACUAGCGACUCAUCGAAGGGCAACGAUACCAGUAAUAUAGAAAAGAAUGGUGGUAAGGAUGAGGAUAUCCCAAGCGAUGGCUUCAGACUUCCUCCCUCAAUUGACGACCCAGAAGAUGAUAGUGGGUAUGACACUGAUUAUGGACGACAAUUUGGGUGAGGGUCAUGAACUCGGGGGUAGAGAAAACUGUGAUGGCUAUCUGGGGUACCUUGCCUCAGAAUAGGUAGUUCAUGGAGAACAAUGAUUUAUAUUUAGUAUUUCUUACUACCGAAUAGGCAGCAUGAACGAAGACAACAAGGUACCUAGUAAUGAAGAUCUGACAGAAAUUUCACAAACAAAUGAUACCUUUACGACUCCUCAGGAAUAGUUCGGUGGCUGCUGCUUUCUCUCAACUACUAUCAAAACCUUAUAUUUCGCAGUCCGUUCAUCCUUACUAAGGUACCUGCCUACCGAGG